AGGUGUGUGUGUGUGUGCUGCAGGUGUGUGUGGCAGUGCACACUGACUGCUGCAGCAAACUGUAUUUGUGGCAGGAGAAAGUGGCAUCAAAUUAACAAGAACCCUGCACUGACUGACCCUGGAGGGGAUGGUUUGCUAAACCAAUUCUUGAUUGACGUGUAACAGAAAACUGCUCGCUAACAUUUAUCUUUUCUGGUUGACUCCUAGAGGCUGCGUCAUCAAACACUUUCUGAGAGGGACUCCGCUGUCUGAGAGAGAAUUCCGAGGAGGGCGGAGAAAGCGUUUCCCUUGUUACGCACCUGGUAUGGGAGAACAGGUUUAAAGGGAUUGUGCAGUCUUCAGCGAAACAAUGGCCAGAAGUUGGUUUAUGAAUAACCGACCUCUUGCAAAUUCCCGGUAUCAGCCCACUGCAUACGAGCACGCUGCAAACUGUUAUACGCAUGCUUUGCUGAUUGUCCCUGCGAUUGUGGGCAGCACGCUGCUUCACCGACUGUCAGAUGACCGGUGGGAGCGGAUCACGGCGUGGAUGUAUGGAGUGGGUCUCUGUGCCCUAUUCAUCGUCUCCACAGUGUUUCACAUCAUCACCUGGAAAAAGAGCCACUUGAGGACAAUGGAGCAAUGUUUCCACAUGUGCGACCGCAUCGUCAUCUACUUCUUCAUCGCUGCCUCCUACGCUCCUUGGUUGAAUCUACGGGAGCUCGGGCCACUGGCCUCCCACAUGCGUUGGUUUAUCUGGAUUAUGGCGGUUGCUGGCACUAUCUAUGUGUUCUUAUACCAUGAAAAGUAUAAGAUUAUUGAGCUUCUCUUCUACUUGGCCAUGGGAUUCUCCCCCGCUGUGGUGGUGGCAUCAAUGACAAACACUGAUGGGAUGCAGGAGCUUAUUUGGGGCGGGCUGCUGUACUGUCUGGGUGUCAUCUUCUUCAAAAGUGAUGGGAUCAUUCCGUUUGCCCACGCCAUCUGGCAUGUCUUCGUGGCGUUGGCUGCAGCCGUGCAUUACUAUGCCAUCUGGAAGUACCUGUACUGGAGCUCCCCAACUCCUGUAUGGAAGGACUAUUAGACACAUCCAGCUGGCCUUGUGUGGAUGACAGAUUUAUACUUGACUUCCUUCAAAAGAGAAAAAGUUUUAAAUUGGUGGCCGCAGAUCAGAGAGCGGAGGGAGGGAGGAGCGGGAACACAAUGUGGUUAGCACGCAGGUCGUCUGCCGCUCAGCGUUCAGUAACUCAGCUGUGAAGCACAGGACCUCCCUCCAGAGACGCUGUGCAAUUGUCGGGUGGCAGAGAGGGAACGCUAAGAGCUUGUAAAUGUUUUUUUGGGGAGGGUGGGAGAAUUCUUCCUCACUUCUUUUCCUGUGAAACUUGAGACUUUGAACUCUGGAUGCUGAUGGGGAUUUCCCAGGAUGGAUCUUGCUGUUAGAAUAUUGAACUCUGCCUGGGGCUCAGGGAUCGGACGUCGUGAGAGCUGCUCUCAGCUCUGGGCAUUAUUGGUUUUGAUCCAGAUUGCCGCAGUAAAGUCAGUUGGUACAUUCCACACACAGCAAUUUAUACCUCUGCUUCCUACCCAUCAUCAUCAGAUGAGGCUGGAUCUCAUUGGACGAGGCUGUGAGAACAAUUCAGUGAAGACUUCAUCAGCUGCUGUAUUUCGACGAAGUAUUGUUUAGGUUGAGCUGCUGGUUCUGACACCAGCGAUGGGGAUUUUGGAGAUGAAUAUGUUUUAUUUCCUUGCAAAGGCAGAAUGGAGUCUGGUUUCCUGUGACAGUAUUAUAGUAAGCGUGUGACCUGUGUGUGUGUGUGCGUGUGCGCUCCUGUGUCAUUGAACAACAUGGAAAGAAAAGCACUUUCACAGCAUCGUGUCGCUCAGGCCUGGCAGGAUCAUGGCGGGCGAGCACUGCUCAGGGAUCUCCAUUCGGGAGGCAGCGGGAAGCUGUGUCACUGAUCUAUCGGGUGCUUUGGAUCAUCAGCAAUGCUGCCGGCCUCAAGUUAGGACACUCACUUUCCAGUUUUUUACAGUUUGUAAUUUUCUAAGAGAGUAGCUGUUUGUGUCAGCAGCUGCCAUGUCUCUGGUUUGCUUUCGCAGCAAAACAUCAAUUGUGUUAUUCGUACACUGUGAGUGCUUCCCCAGGUUUACAGCUUCUCUUGUAUUAAGCGAUAUAAGGCUUGAAUAUAAAUGUUUACAUUUUGGGAAGACUUUGAGCAUUGUACAGACUUCGUGGGAAAUAUAAUUGAGUUUAGACCUGACCUGAAUCUGCAGCUGUUUCUGUGGAGCGUUGUGGUGUUUUCUCUCUCUCUCUCUCUGACUCCCCGUAAAACAAUAGCUGAGUGUUGAAUGAGCUGGUUCUGACUGAGAACACAGCUCGCACCUGCACUGCCAGAGACGCGCAGCAACACAUUGGGGAAGUGACAUGAAUUCUGACAAUGUUCACUUGUUGGGAAUUGUCGUGUUGAGCGUCUCCAGCAGCUUGGAGACACCGGGCUGGAAAACCUGCUCGGUGUGAUCAAAGCUGCCGCAUAACUCAGGUGUUUGACGGGAGCAGAAUGGGAUGGUUGGGAGAGGGAACAACCCAGGGAUCCUACGGCCACUGUCAGUACUUGCUUUUCACCAAAUAUUCCACACAAUGUAAGACUUUCAAUGGUGCUUUCCUUCACAUCCGUGAAAUAGUUUUAAAAGGCUUUGUUUCCCUUUUGAAGUACAGGUUAUCAAACUUCUCACUCGGGUAAUAGUCACCUCCUGUUUGUAGUAGUUUUCCUCAAGAUCAAUGACCGAGAGUGACAGCUGGACAUGGGCUGGUUCCUCUGGGCGUUGAGACUUUCUGGAUGUGCGACUUGCCCAGGACCUGUUAUAGGAAUCGUGCACAGAAAUAUAGUACCAAAUGUGAGUAAACCAUUCCCUUUGACCCUCUGUGUGCUAGUGCUGAGCUGUGUGCACUCAGUAUGAGCACAAGUGAAUGUGGAUUGUUUACCUGUUGUGGGCUUUGUGGCUCUGGAGAAUUCAAUCCAGCAAAAGUUUACACCAGUGGUGGUCGACCCAUGACCCACGGGGCCGUCAAGAAGUGGCCCACUGAACAUUCACACUAGUGUAGGUGAAUCUGUUUUAAAUCAGGGUUUUGUUUACAGUUUUUUCUUGAAUAUUUCUUGAAUUAUAGCAACAUUCAAGAUUUAUUUUGUCGUCCAACCAAAUAGUUAGCCACCACUGACAUCCAAUCCUGUAGCACCAGAUAUCAGUGACGUGAUAUUUUGGGGCUUUAGUAUAAAUUCCCUUGUAAGGGGGUGGGGGGUGGUUCUUGUACUGUAUGUAUUAAAUGGUUCCACUUGUCUGCAAUAUUUUGGAAAGAUUUGCCAGUGAAUGUACGUGAGGCGGCUGUGAUUUGAAUUGUGUUUGGGGUGGGUGGG